AUGCCCGCACAUCCUCAUUUAGGCUACGCCAAUCCAGUCGUCGGACACGACUUUGCCGAUCCCGGCGUUUUCUACGACCGUUACAGUCAAACCUGGUACGCGUUCGGUACUAACGGCAAUGGCAAAAAUAUCCAAUGCUCGUACACCAAGGACUUUUGCUCGUGGUCGCACCACGAACAUGAUUGUCUUCCCGGACCUCUUCCUCCUUACCAAUCUGAUGUGCCCGGCUUCCUCUGGGCGCCAGAAGUGAUCGAGGCGCCACAAGGUCGAGGCGGAUACCUGAUGUAUGUAUCAUGCCAAGACGCCAUCUUCAGGAAGCAAUGCAUCGGCGUCGCCUAUUCGGACCGCGAUCCAAAAGGUCCUUAUCGCUGGAUCACCGAUCGGCCGCUCAUCUCUCGCGGUGAAACAGGUGGAACGCUCGACCCGCAGCCCUUUGAAGAUCCAGCUAGCGGCAAACGCUAUCUCGUCUACAAGUCAGAUUGGGACAAGAUGUACACCAAGCAUCCUCAGCUCUGGCUCUCUGAACUCUCGCCUGACGGCCUCUCGCUGCUUGGCGAUAUGUAUCCUUUGCAGAGUCCACAACACUCGUACCAAAAUGGACUGCUCGAGGCACCUUAUCUCUUCCACCACGCUCCCAGCAACGCCUACAUUCUCUUCUUUUCGUCAGGAACAUUCACCAACGGCACCUACGCAACUUCCUACGCCAUCUCUCACAACGGCCUUUUUGGACCCUACCAGUGUCCACCACGUCCGCUGUUGGAAACGGACAGAGCGAGGAGCGUCAUGGGUCCAGGAGGUGCAUGUGUGGUGCUGGGCGUGGAGAACGAGCAUUUCAUCGUGUUCCAUGCGUUGGAAAGGGAAGAAGGAAACAGAAGAAUGUGCGUCCAGAGGGUUUGUUUCGCGGAUGACGGCACACCGUUCCUCUCCUCGAAGCCUAACUGUGGAAAGAGAUUGCGCCUUGGAGCAGAGCACGAGGAUGACAUGCAUCACUUUGGCAACCAGCCAAGUGUGCCAAGCGAAACCGAAACCGAAACCGAAACAGGUACAGGUGGCAGGUUGUCCAAGCUGCUCAACAAAGUCAAACACAAGCUCGAUCCGUAG